AUGGGAAAUUCAAUAAAAAAAGUGUUUCCGAAGACCCGACAUCGUUUCUGUUCAUGGCAUAUCAUGAAGCAUGAAACCGAGCACCUUCGAUCGUAUGUUUCCCGUUACAGUGAUUUUCAAGAAACGCACAAACAAUGGAUAAAUAGCGACACCGUUGAACAAUUUGAAGCAACAUGGGAGGUUAUGCAUAGUAAGUAUGAACUAGAAAGCAAUUGUUUGAUUAGUGACAUGUAUAACCAACGUAUACAUUGGGCUAAACCCUUCUUGAAAGAUACUUUCUUUGCUGGUAUGACAACAACCGGACGAAGUGAGAGCAUCAAUUCAUUUUUUGAUGGAUAUGUUAAUUCGAGGACCAUGUUGAAUGAAUUUGUUGUACAAUACGACAAAGCAGUUGAGUCUCGAAGGGCCGCCAAAGAAGAUGAAUACUUCAAGACUAUGAACUCGAGGCCGGUCCUUUCUUCAGUGCAUCCAAUCGAAGCAAAAACAGGUCAAUGUUAUACUAGAAAGAUGUUUGAUACUUUCAAAAAAGAAUGGACUAAAGAUAUUACCAAUUUGACUCAUGAGACUAUAGGAAAAACUACAGAAGAAAGCACAUACCAAGUUGGGCAAUUGGAUGUUGAUAAAAAAUAUUGGUGCAUUGUUACCUUUCGUUCUUUGGAUCAAGUCAGUGUCACAUGUUCCUGUGCUAAGUAUGAGACAAAUGGAAUUUUAUGUAAACAUAGCCUAUAUGUGAUGAAGAAGAAGCAUGUUAAAGAACUCCCGAGUCACUAUAUUUUACCACGAUGGACCCUUAAUGCUAGGUACAAACUAGGUAGUGAUAGUAUUGGAAUCGAAGAAAUGAAUAAUGAAUAUGGAGUAAGUGCCUACACACUAUGGUGUGUCCUUUCAAAUUUUACAAAACUGAUUGAACAAGCUAGAGACUCCCUUUCAUAG